AUGUAUAUCAACUGGGCUCAUCACUACAUUCCAAAAGUCGGCGGAGCAUGUUCAUUUUUCAUAAAUGUUCUGUUCAUUUAUAUAGUUCAAGAUGACAAGAAAGUUCAAAUUGGAAAUUAUAAAAUUUUGUUGCUUUCCUUUGCGAUUUACAAUUUAGCAAGUACGGCAAUAGAUUUGAUAGUACCAUUGUGCAUUUUUGACUAUAAACGAGCAUUUUCAUACUUUGUAGUAACUGGACUUUUUGAAAAAAAAUCUGCACUCGGAGCAAUUGCGAUUUGCAUCCGUUGUAGCUUCAUUCCAGCAGCCUAUGGAAUUCUGCAUUCACAUUUUAUAUAUCGAUAUAUGGUUCUCUUCAAUCGGCAAGUUCUCACAAAAUAUUUUCUUCCAUAUGGCUUGAUUAUGUCUGUUGCAUAUUGCGCUGUACUGAUGGCGAUAUGGUUUUAUGCUGCCUAUGUAUUCGUACUGGCACAAAAAGAAAGUCGUCUUUAUUUGGAAACAAUUUUUAGGGAAAAAUUUGAUCAGGAUAUCAAUGACUUGAACAUUGUGAUUGCUUUAUAUGGAGAUGCAAGUAUAGAAAUAAUACGAAAUUCGUGGACUGGAAUAUUGAUCGGAACCUUUAUUUCAUUGUAUUCAGUUGUAGUUUAUGUUGUACUCGGAACUCAAAUUGUCCAUAAACUCCAAAGUACAGAUUUAGUAAUGAGUGAUAAGACGAAGUAUCUCCAGAAACAAUUAAUGAAUGCACUAAUGGUACAAGCUACAAUUCCAAUGAUCGUCUGCUUUACACCAUGUUUCUUGGCUUGGUACCUUCCAGUCUUUAACCUAGAUAUUGGUAAUUGGAUAUAUUGGACAUCUACUGUUGCCAUUUCAUUUUUUCCCGUUCUUGAUCCACUGUCGCUUUUUUAUUUUCUUCCUGUGUUUGGAGCGAGAGUUCGGGAAAUUAUUGGAAUUAAAAGAAAUACAACGAGAAUAUCUUCGGGCCUUAAAAUAGCCACACUCAAUAGCUGA